AUGCUGGACUGGGCCUCUGGGGAUCUCUACCAAGACAAGUUUGAAUUUGUGUUUUAUCUGAGCUGUAGAGACAUCAACACCAUCCCUGGAGACAUAAGCCUUGUGGGACUUUUAUUCAGAGCCUGCAGAUUGCAGAGUUCAGAUGACCUUCUGUCUAUUCUGAAGGAUCCUGGAAGUCAGAGAAAACUUCUCACUAUAGUUGAUGGGUUUGAUGAACUGAGGUGGACUCUGGAGGAGAAAUCUGAGGGUGGUCUUGACAUUUCUAUGGAAACCCACAGAGAAAUAAUUCUCCAAAGAUUGCUCAGGAAACAGGUUCUCCCACAAUCUUCUCUGAUCAUCACCACAAGGUCAAUGGCCAUGGAGAAACUUAACACAUUCAUCGAUGAUUCUCGCAUUGUGGAAAUCCAGGGAUUUGCAAGAGACGAUCGAGAUGAAUACGUCCAUAAAUACUUUGGAAAUAAAGACGAUGCAGACAAGGUUCUCAGUAUAAUAAAAGACAACAAAUUUCUGUACAGAAUGUGUGCCGUCCCCAUCACAUGCUGGAUUGUCUGCACU